AUGUUUGCAGCACAGCGCCAGUCGCUCCUUGCCAAUAUCAAGUGGAAGCCUGAGCAUCAUGGCGGACUCUACUUCAUCGAGACAAGUGAUGAAGACCCAGCGCGACUUCGACACGGACCCCUUGUAGACGCAGAUGUCCAUGAUUGGAUCCUAGGAAAUUCUUAUGCCCGGAAGUCUACCUCACCACAGACGAAACUGGGCGGCUUCCGACUCCUUUUGUGCGAUCGAUCAGCACGGCGAGAAGAAUCAUCACAGUUUCGAGAGCUUCACAUAAGCAGAGACUCGUUUACCCUCCUCGAAGAGGCUUUCUCCCUUUCCGGUGCCACGGUCCAGGCAUUGUUCGACCUGGCCGGUGUGCAUUCUCGCUUCACAGAGUGCGACGUGGCGACGGGCGAGGUCAAACACCUCAAGAUUCUCGUCCAGGGACGCCGAAAACUUGGAGUCGCGGAUUGCGUGCUGUCGCUUUGCCACUGUUGUGACACGGGAUGGACCUAUGGCUUCCUGUGUGGGGAGGGAGUCGUCGAAGCAGCGGAAAUCAUCAACGCUGAACCGCUCAUGCCGGCUUUACUGGACUUGGUUCAGCCGUGUCUUCAUCUCAAGUCAGAUCCUCUGCUUCUUCCCACUAUGCUACUGAAAAUCUACAUCGAACGUGUCGCGUUCUUCUUGAGGAGGCAGAUCGUUCAGUUGGAUGAGCUGGAGGAGGAGAUAGGGGUGACCCGUCCCCAGCGCGUGACGAAGAUGCGGUCGCUCGAGAACUGGCCAAACGAUCUCGACAUCAAAAAAAUGACGAUUGGACUACAUUCGACGGCCACCGAACUCUAUUACUUGAACCGAACUUGUCUCUGGACUCACGAGGGCCUUGAAUUUCUUCACAGGCUGGCGGUGGAUUGUUCCGAAUACAUCAACAAAUAUCCCGGAGGAUUCCUCGAAAUCCGGCAGGGGAUUGAGCACGAGACAACCAGGAUGAAAUGGAUAGUUGGCACUCUCGACACGACGAAAGAGAGAGUCGAGGCGCAACUUAGCGUUUUGUACUCUGCAGCCAGUCAGAGGGAAAAUGCUAUCGCCCUCAACUACAGCCGGAUGGCACAGGAGCAGAACGAGAUCUCUCUCCGAGACGUGCAGAUGAACACUCGCAUCGCCACGUCGACCAAACAGGACAGCAUCGCCAUGACAACCUUCACCUUCAUCGCAGCCCUCUUCCUGCCGGGGACGUACGUCGCGUCGCUAUUCAGUAUGAGUAUGUUCGACUGGCUACCCUCAGACGGAGCAGGUGGUGGCGGUUCACCGAGGCUGUCAGGCAAGUUCUAUAUAUACUGGUGCAUCACCGUUCCGUUGACAUUGUUUGUCAUGGCAGGAUGGUAUCUCUGGUACAGAAGAGCGGAUCAAGUAUGGAAAAGGGAGACGGGAUAUAGUCUGAACGACAACACAGGUGCCAAUAGACGCAUAGGAGUGGAGGUGAAGUCUAUUGGAUACCGCGCAAGAGCAUAG